CCAACGCACAUUCAACGUCCAAAUUUUCCGGAGACAGUUUGAUCAGUGAUCUCAAUUUUAAAUCGGCUAGUCGAUUUACUUCCGUGAGUGCAAGUUGACACUUUAUUAAUCAGAAAUCAAAAUGAAUACAUUUGUGGUUUUGAGUCUUCUUGUGGCUUCGGCCCUCGCCAUUCCAGCCCCCGAGUUCCAAUCCGCGAAUUUGGACUGCCUUGGAUUAGACGAAAAUAUGUUGAGUUGUUUUGCGAUCAAAGCAAACAGUGCUAUCUCCAGGGCUGCUAGGUCCAGUUCCUUUGAACUCUUCCCUGGAGUCACUUUCAACCGUGACACGCCACUUGAACGAUCGGGCAAAGCUCUCGAAUCGGAAACCGAUCUGAUGAACGCCCUGCCAAGAGAAAACGCAGACAGAGCAUUGAAACUCGCUGCCAUGAUCUAUGACUCAGCUGUAUCUUUCUUCAAGAGCCACAGUCUCAAGAUCAAUGUCCCUGAACAGUCCAUCUCACGUGCCUUGACUGAAGGUCGUGCCAAAAUCAAGAAAUUUGCUCUUCCAUUGAUCGCUGCAGCUGGAUUUAAAAUCUUCGCAUUGAUCCCAAUCUUACUUGGAGGACUCGGUCUCUUGGUGCUGAAGGCCUUGGUUGUUGGCAAGGUCGCCCUGUUGAUCGCCGCAACUCUGGCAUUCCAGAAACUCUUUGGAAGUGGCAGCAUUGGAUCGGGAGUUGGUAACAUUUUCAGCAAAGCUACUUACCCCGCUCAACCACCAGCACCGUACUACGACGCUCCCGGGUCAUCAAACUCAUGGGCUCCAAAUGUAGCCACUGGUAACAGUGGAUACCAAUACAAAAGAAGCUUUGACGACGAAAAGAUUGCCCAGAAACUCGCUUUCUCGGCCCAUGUCCCUGACAAUGAAUAAAUUAGAGAGGCUGUUAAGCUAUUAAGUGUCAUAUUCAUAUCUAAACAUUCUCAUACUUAAAUUAAUUUCAUAGUUUACGGUAAUAUUUAUUUUAAUUAUCAAAAUUUUUAUUUAUUUGAUAGUUAUAAAUAAGUAUUUAAUUUUUUAUUUAU